AACACUUGGCUCGAGUGCUGCUGCGGAGCAACAAUGUCGGAGCAGGAGUCUCUGAGGUGCUCCAGUGCCAGAAACCGUGGAGGCGUACAGAGGGUUGAAGGAAAACUGCGAGCCAGUGUAGAAAAGGGGGAUUAUUAUGAAGCGCAUCAGAUGUACAGGACUUUAUUUUUUAGGUACAUGUCACAGGCUAAACAUGCGGAGGCCAGGGAGCUGAUGCACAACGGCGCUCUACUUUUCUUCAGCUACAACCAGCAAAACAGUGCAGCAGACCUGUCCAUGCUGGUACUGGAGGUGUUGGAGAAAUCUGAGACAAAAGUCGAAGAUGAAAUAUUAGAAAGCCUGGCUAAGCUGUUCAGCCGGAUGGACCAGAACUCUCCAGAGAGAGUCGCAUUUGUGUCCAGAGCCUUGAAAUGGUCCACAGGAGGUCCCGGCAAGUUGGGUCACCCAAAACUACACCAGCUGCUAGCUGUCACCUUGUGGAAAGAGCAAAACUACAGUGAGUCCCGUUACCACUUCCUACAUUCGUCUGACGGUGAGGGCUGUGCACAGAUGCUGGUGGAGUAUUCGGCGUCACGAGGCUUCCGCAGCGAGGUCGACAUGUUUGUGGCGCAGGCCGUCCUACAGUUCCUCUGCUUAAAGAACAAAAACGGCGCUUCUGUGGUGUUCAGCACGUACACAGAGAAACACCCGUCCAUAGAGAAGGGCCCUCCCUUCGUCCAGCCUCUACUAAACUUUAUUUGGUUUCUGCUGCUGGCAGUGGAUGGGGGUAAAUUAACAGUUUUCACAGUGUUAUGUGAGCAAUAUCAACCUUCCCUGAAGAGGGACCCCAUGUAUAAUGAGUAUCUCGACAGAAUAGGACAAGUUUUCUUUGGUGUUCCACCCAAACAGUCGCCAUCAUACGGUGGACUGCUAGGGAACCUGCUGAACAGCCUGAUGGGUUCGGGCGAGGACGACGACACGGCUGAAGAAGCCCAGGAGGACAGCAGCCCCAUAGAGCUGGACUGAGCCGGCUCCAGGACAAAGAGAACAAACGAACACACACACACACACAAAGGGAGGAAGACCACGCCGCCUCCCUCCUUCACCUCCACAACAAAGGGUUGGGCGAUGGCACCGGUCCGUGUUUUCAGAGGCGUGCCGUCUCCAAAAAAAUAACCCUUCCCAGUCUUAAAAUCAGAGCAAGUAUCAGGCUGCCAAAACAUCCCUCUGAGCAGUGCCGGGACUGACUGCGCCAAACUGCAACCUCUUCCCGUGUUGCAUUAUUGUAAGGUUAUACUAUUGUUUUCUUUGAAUCAUUACUUUUGUUAGUGUGGGACUCUUGCUCUCUGUGUAGGGUGUAUGAUUGUUAAACGAGCGAUAACAAACUGCCCUCUCCCUGUGGCAACUUGCUCCAAAGAGAUGGGGAAGGUUAGAGUCUCCCGAUGGAGAGGGUAGAGUCACCAGAACACCGUCUUCAUAAUGAUGACGAUGACGUCAUUAGAAGAUGGUUUAGUCAACUCAACUCGCUACAAGUAUUUAACUGUUUUGUUUGCCAGACAGCCGCACGGAGCUCGAUCAGAGCCCUGCUGCUGUUGCAGUUUUCAGCAACGUUCUUGUUGAAAGUCUCUUCUUUCGGUAGUAAAUUUGAAUACUUGUAGUCGAUGCCGUCUUACAGUUUCUCAUCUCUUUGUCCUUGAGCAGUAUGGACAAAAAGACAACAAAGUCACUAUCGGAGGUCAUCUUGAACCUUGAAUCUCAACCAAACAAACCCACAGAUCAUAGUGGUGGCGGUCAUUUCUAUUUCAGUGGAUUACUGCAGACAUAGAGCUGUCUGUAUACAGACGUCUAAUAGCUCCAUUGUAGAGGUCCCACUUUUUACUGUGCACUUACUGAACUGCUGCCGUUUGCAUCCCCAAGAGGAAUUGUGUGGAAAAAAAAAUAAAUAAUAAUCCCAUUUUUGGCUUUUUAUUAUGUUUCUGUUCUUUUACAGUUGCCAAGUCAAACUUUCCAGCAGUGAGGAGUUUAAAGCACCUCCUGUUUGUCGGCGCUGGCUUCCUGUCUGCAUUUCGCUGUGAAAAAUAAAAAGUCAAAGCGUUCAAGUCUGUAAAGUGAUCUUUGAAAAUGCAAACGAGUUGGAGUGCAUUUCGCUUAUGUUACAAAAUGCUAAUAUUUAAACCAGCUGUUUACUGUUUCUGAUUUAGUCUUUAGUCGCUUUCUGUUUUUUUUUUUUUUUUUCCCCCCCCUGUGGAUCAGUAGCCCCAACAUCAGUUCAGCCAGUGCACAAUCAGAAGUGUGAUUUUUAAACAAUAGCUGCUGUUCAUCAGCAGCUAUUGUCAGCCCAGAACACUCUCGCUCUGCUCGUUCCUCUUCACAGCUUUCUUUUCUCACAUAUUUCAAUCUUCAGCAUCUUUUUGUCCUUGUAGGGACAUUCGAUCAGUCCAGGUCUGGUCAGUUUCAGGAUUCAAAUUUUAGGUAAAAAGACCUAACUGUGCUCCAGAUAAUCUUAAAGGGGGGUCACAUCCCCCACCCCCCCUUGAAGUCCAAUUUAAACUUAAUAGUAGGAAAGUCCAGGUUUAGAGUAAUGUUUAUUUACUUCUGUGUGGGACUGAACACCAAAGUGACCAAUACUAAAUAAGAAAUGAUGAAAAAGAUAAGUUUGAAUAUGUAGAGUAAAGCAUUUAAAUAUACAAGAUCAUUUAUUGGUAAAAGUGAACUGAUGUUUAGGGAAUAUUAUUCUAGGGUUCCUAUAUUAAUGAGGAAAACAACGUCACUGAAACAAAGGAUGAAAAAAUUCCAUGAAUAUUAGCUGUUGAAUACAUAACAGGUUAUUUGGGUCCUUUUUAAACUUUUUACUCAUUUAUUUACAUUAUUUGUUUCAUAAGCUUUAAUAUUGGCCAUUUUGGCAUGCUGUACAGAGGGACGGAUAGAAUGGUGUUGAGUUGUCAAUGCACUCUGCUGUGAUUACGUCUGUCUAAUGUUGAAGAUGCAGAGAAAGAGACCAGCGACGUGGCAGUCAAAGGGUUAACGGCAGCAGUCACCAAAGAUUGAAGAACUACAAAUGCAAAUACAUAUUUAAAGACUCCGCUUUAACAGUAUUGUCUCAGUCAUGAUAAGUCCCAUUUCUCCUGAUCGGCUCUCCGUUAAAUCACAGCGGCCUACCGUCUAAAGGCUCAUCCAAGAACAAUUGACUUUCAGGUUGCUCAACAGUACACAUUUCCCAAGACAUCCAUCCGUCAAACAAUAUGACAGAACAUGCCCUUCUACUCACAUACCAAGAGUUUUAUUAUUCAGUGUCGAUUGUCACAUCUUUUUUUUUUUUUUUUUUUUUUUUUUGCCAACCUGAAAAUCAGUUUUGUUAGAAUUCUCCUUUAAUUGUCUGGCAGUAGAAAAAAAAAAAAAAAAGGCCUGUCUGACAUUACAGCUGUUUGCUUUUGUUUUUGAUAAUAUUUUUUCGUUUUUACUAAAGGAGUGUUUGCCUUGUCAUUCACCUUGAUUCACUAAUUAAGUAAAUAAACUACAACUGAGAAGAGUUUGAGAAUGUCUUGAAACA